AUGAACGUCGAUAACCCUUGGGGAGCAGCAUCACCAGCCAAAGAGCUCAAAGACGUCUCCAGCAACCGCUUGUCUUAUCAAGAGCCCUCGCUAUCCCCGACAUUUCCCCCGGCCAAACCGGUAGAUCUCUCAGAGGAAUCCGAUCCAUCACCGUGGGAGUCGGGCAGCGGGACCACCUACCCGCCAUCGGCUGCGAACCCAUUCAACGCACCUAGGACUUCUGCUUUGAGGACGUUGGAGACGCCGAAGAAGAACAGCCAGGUCAGGCUAGCACCGACUCCUGCAGGAGAGUCUAGAGCGGAGACUCCAUUGAGCUCUCCGGGAUUAGAUGGACCGCUCACGUAUUCGUGGCAGCCUAAAGCGGAGAUCGUGCUAGGUCUCGCAGUCGUUGGACCUACGGUCGAAUGGAGUCAUCCGCCCGCUCUUACCAGGGCUUUGGAGAAGGACGAGGAGUUGAACCGGUUACUACCGUUCUUGGCCCUACCAGAUGGAGCUCAUCUCAGCGAAGAAGACUAUUCGUACUUCCAUUGCGUAUACGCUCCGAUUCCCAACUCGACAGGCACCACAGAUGAGAUCGCCGAAGAGGACGAAUUGCCCCAGAACCAGACCAUCUUCGGAAUAUCAUGCAACCGUCAGAUAUUGGCUGCGGAUCUGCUUGUAAAGGGGGAAGAUGUAACGAGGAGUACCGUGCAGAAGGCGGUUGUCGUCUUGGCUUCUCGGCCGGUAUUUGGGCCAUUACGGGAUAAGCUGGGUGUGGUUACGCGGGCUUUCUUUGCACAACGAGACUUUUCCAGCACAGAAUUGCUGCCGCAGUUUUAUAAUAGUAUCGAAGUUAGCUUGCGGGACAAGGGGAACGAGUCUAGCAUGUAUAUCGGAACGAGUUUGAGAGAACUACUACACAAAUUCCGCCACCGGACGCUUACUAUCGUCAAGCUGCUAAUGCUGCAAAAGCGAAUAAUGCUGUACGGGUAUCCCGUUGAACGGCUAUGCACGUAUCAGUAUUCGUUAAUCUCCCUGAUGCCAGGUCUCUUGAUGAACCUAGCUGAUGCUGGAGGACCGGAUCUCGACUUCCGGUCAGAGAAGGCUAAGCGUCCUACGUCGUUACGGACGAGUGAUCGGAACAGUCUCCUGCGGUAUAUGGGGCUGCCGUUGCAUACUUUCGGUGCCAAUGCCUUCUUCCAGCCAUACCUGCCUCUACAGCAGAUCGAGAUGCUUACGGCGGGAUCAUGGCUGGUGGGAACAACAAAUAGCAUCGUGACUCAGCAGAGGGAUUGUCAAUGGGAUCUGCUGAUCAAUAUCGAUCAAAACACUUUCGAGUUCCAGGACAAGGAGCUUGAGAAACUUGUUAGCCUGACACCAAGCGACAGGGUAUGGAUGGACCAGGUAGUAAAGAGCGUCGAGGAGACCUGGAACCCAAGCGAUCCAACGCGGCCUAUGGGAAUGUCGGGCAGCGACGACGAUCUGCGCAGCAAAUUCGAGGAGUAUAUAUGUAGCGCGCUGUCGACCAUGAAGUACGCAGACUACAUCGUCAGCGGGCAGACUUCGAUACCCAUGCCAGGAGAGUUACCUCUGAACGUUUCGGCACCUUUCUCCGAAAAGUGGCUGCUAGCAUUGAAGGAGACCAGCGCAUGUAAGACGUGGUACAAGUCAACCGAUGAGCUUCUGUUCGAUAUCUGUGAACCUAGGCAUCCUUGCGAAGGGAAAGCGAAUGCCAUCUCGGAUAUUGGUAUUCGACUGACCGAGGGACUAUAUGAUCUGCACAUUCCUGAUCAGCUUGGACCGACAAAAGAGGCGAUCGGUUCGGCACUCGCCGCCGGGUCUUCCAGCCUGUUCCGCGCCUUCGAUGGGGUUCGGUCGGAGGUCACGAAUCGGCUGCGGGAGAGGGAAGGUCAACCGAGUCCGGACAACCCGACACCUACAUCGGCUUCGCCAGUGGCUUCGUCCUUGCCAGAUGUCCGGUCUACGAUAGGAGGGAUUGGUAGCUUCUUUGGAUCCAAGCUGGCCAGCUGGCAGCAGCCUAAACCGGUUAAACCGGACCCAAAAUUCGCCAACCUUCGUCCGCUGAGUUUAAGCACAACAUCUGGAACAACCGGCACGAGUAACGCUUCGAAAGGCUCUCCGAGUCAAGUCAACGCACCCAAGUGA